AUUCUGCAUUUUCUCCCAGCCUUGGCUCCGUGUAAGGUGUAAGCCUCCGUCAGCCUCACAGGGCUGGGGUUUGCCAAAAACCCAAUUAUGUCUUUCAAUGUCAGAUUUACUCGUUUCCAAUUGCCCUAACUUCAUGGGCUAGAAUAUAUCAACCCUUCAGAUUGCCGCCGUGAUGGCAGCCAACUAUUGGGAGUCGACUCAGAGACGUUACUGGCAGUUCUCGAAAGAUGAACUUGCUCAGAUGCGCGAAGAGCUAGAGAAGAGCGAACAGAACCUGGUACAGAUGUUCCCUCUACCACGGAGGACUCACCUUAAUAUCUAUUUUAACCAACAGAUCGGUCGUUUAAGCAAGAGGCUCAAUGUCAAACAGCAGGCUGUUGCCACCGCCCAAAUAUACAUCAAACGAUUCUAUUGCAAAGUCGAAAUCCGCCGCACAAACCCGUACCUCGCUCUCACCACUGCGCUAUACUUGGCUUGCAAGAUGGAGGAAUGUCCGCAACAUAUUAGGAUGUUCGUCACAGAAGCGCGAUCUCUUUGGCCAGACUUACUUCAUCUUGAAGUUUCUCGCAUCGGUGAAUGUGAAUUUUUUCUCAUUUCCGAAAUGAACUCCCAGUUGAUAAUUCACCAACCAUACCGAACUUUGACGAGUCUCCAGUCCGACUUCAACCUCAACCAAGACGAAGUAAACCUAGCUCUAUCGGUCAUUAAUGAUCACUACAUGACAGACCUACCGCUCUUAUAUCCUCCCCACGUAAUUGCGCUAACGGCGAUACUUCUUUGCUUGGUCCUUCGCCCAAAUACAAUGACAAGCGGGAAUGCCGCGGCGAAUAUGGCCACAUUAACGUCGACCUUAGCACAGGCUCAACAGACUCGGCCUGGAACCGGCGGGAGCGGCCAGAACACUCCGGGUGUCGGUGAGAGGGACAAACAACAAGAAGCGCGGGUGACUAAGGUCCAACGAUUCGCAGCUUUCCUUGCUGAGAGUAACGUCGAUAUCGAGGGCAUGAUAGACUGUACACAAGAGCUGAUCUCGUUCUACGAAUGCCACGAGCAAUACAACGACAAAAUUUCGCGUGAGCAAGUCAACAGGUUUAUUAAGGCAAGAGGAUUGGACAAACACUGAAGACACCGCUACGUCUCAUAAGGGAGUAUACCGACCGGUUUAAUGAGCAUAAUACUACGAAAGCCUGGAUCAGCAUGUGAUUCUACAUUCCCCAGGCCAUGAGCUUUUGAGAGCUUCUCGGAUUAGCGAGACACAAAAAUGCUUCAAUAUAUAUUAUCAAAUAUCUUCAAAUACUUCUAUGAAAAUCAUCAUUUAUAGCAAAUCCAAAACGAGGUUAAGUGGUGGAGACAAGAAGAUGAAAUCCAAGAUUAUGUGUCCGAUGGAAUGAAUACUAGUUGCGGGAAAUGAUACCAUUUCCAAGGACAUCCGUUCCUACAUGGCAUCGUAGGAUAUUCCCGUUGUC